CAUUCUGUCUUACAGAUUUUAAAAUAGUGUUUCUUACUAACUGAUUAUAUUAUAUUACAAAAGUCGUUAGGCAAGAAAACCUGAAACAACCAAAAAUGAUUCAGUUCAAAGUAUCUGCACCAGGAAAAGUCAUUCUUUAUGGAGAACACGCUGUAGUAUAUGGAAAAACUGCUCUUGCAGCUAGUUUAGGAUUACGUACAGUUAUAGAUUUCUCUGAGUUGCUAGAAGCAGAACAAGUAAUUAAAAUAUGUUUUCCUAAAGUAAAUUUAUUCAUAACUAUACCGCUACAACAAGUGCAAAGUUUUCUUUUAACUAACAAAGAUUCAACAUCUGCAGAAAAUUAUGAAAUAUUUUACAACCAAAUAAAAGAAUUUGUUAGUACCAUUGGUUAUUUUAAUUUACAGCAAAAAUUAAGCUUAGAAGUAUUGUUUUACCUUCUUAUUUAUAUUACACAAAAGGAUGAAAUGAAUAUAAAACCGUUUCAAAUUCAGUUAAACACUGAAUUGUCAAUUAGUUCUGGAUUAGGUAGUUCUGCUUCGUUCGCAGUUUGUAUUGCUGCCUGCUUUUUGCAUUGGUCACGUUUACAAAAGAACAAUUGUAAGCCAUUUGACAUUUCUGAUUUAGAUAUUAUUUCAAAAUAUGCUCUAAACUGUGAAAGAAUUAUGCAUGGCACUCCAUCUGGAAUAGAUAAUUCUGUCUGUACAUACGGAUCAAUGAUAGAAUUUAAAAAGGGCGAUUAUAUAAAAACAAUAGCCACCACGCAAAUUAUGAGAAUUUUAUUAGUAGACACAAGAGUAAGCAGAAGUACAAAAGCAUUAGUAGAAAAAAUGGCAGCACUGAAACACAAAUAUCCUGCUAUUAUUGAUUUAAUUAUAGAUUCAAUUGAUAACAUAGCAAAAGAAGCAAUUAAAGUUAUACAAAAAAUUAACAAUGCCUCAGGUACUAAUAAUGAAACUCUUGUCGAAGGAUACAGACAAUUAAUGACGCUUAUUAACAUGAAUCAAGGAUUGCUAGCCACAUGUCAAGUAUCUCAUCCAUCUUUAGAUAGAAUUUGUGCAGAAGCACAGAAUUAUGCUUUAGCAGCGAAACUCACGGGUGCUGGCGGCGGUGGAUAUGCAUAUAUUUUAUUAUUACCAGACACCCAGCCAGAAACGAUUGCAAGUAUUUCACGAAAGUUAAUUGCAGAUGGAUUUACCGUUAUAUUAACAACUUUAGGAGGUGCUGGUGUACAAAUUCAUAAGCAACAGUAAAUAAGUUUUUUUUAUGUUUUCCAAACUUGUAAUUUCUGAAAAAUAUUUG